AUGACAAUACCAGUGUUCAAAGUCAAAUAUGAACUAUCCAUAAGAGAUCCAUUCAUGAGCCAACCUCGUCACCACACGGUCCUGUUCCUCCCGUUCCCGAAACAUUCUUCUGGCAGUGGCACCAUCCACCAUGUUGUCGGUGAUUUGGUCUCUGGCAUGAGUUAUGCAACUCGCUCCGAGGAAGAUCCCGAGUCCAUCCAGACGUUUUAUUCGAAAGAGCUUAUCGGCCACGUCAAGCAAGACAACUACCCAGCAAUGUUCGAGGACGUCUUGAGCAAGCUGGAUCCACCACCGAAGCAAAGAAAGUUCAGAGUCGAAACCAUGAGAAUCGAGCAGUGCAAGCCAGACGGAAGCUGGUAUGAGGAGGGAGAAGAGAAGGAUCGUAUGUGGAAAUGUUCGGAGUGGAUUGAAGAAAAAGCUGUGCCUGCGCUGAUUGAUGCGGGGCUGUUGAAGUGA